GUGUGAUAAAGAAUCUCUUUAGCAUGUGAAAGUGAAAUUAAUUUGAUUGAUUGAAGAACUAUUCCUGCAGCUAAAAGACUUUACAGAGUUUUACAGCGUCCUGAUUAUUAAACAGCGACUUUUACAUCAUUUCUUAACCAGACGGGUUGGAAAAGUGGCGAUUUAUGACCUAGUUUGCCUGCAGCGGUGGCAUCUGGUAAAUCCUAUAAGUACUUCCUACUUCCUGAUCAAGAAAAGUGAAAGGAAAACGUCCAGCCGGCGUUUGGUUCUUUGUUAGUAAAAAAGAGAAAAAAAAAAAAAAAAAAAAAACCCCACAAACUAUCUUAUGGAUUAACACAGAGAGAAACGAUCCCAAAAGAAGCGGACACAAUGAACUAGCACCAUACAGAAAAUGAAGCUGCUCACACUCAGCAUGAUGUGAUGUGGUGGAGAGAGGAACAGGAAAAUAACAGCACAAAGAUGCUGAACAGCUGAUGGAGUUUCUCAUCAGUGGAGACUUUGAGGUUGAUGUAUGAGUGAAGCUGGUUCACUGUGCUGGACAUACAGAAGCCGUGAAACAUGGCCUGUACAUCACAGACUGCUGAAGGUUAUAUCAGAAGUGCAAGAUGCCACCUUGUGGGAGGAUUAAAGAAUCUAUCUGUGAUUUUAGAGAACUUAUAUCAGCAAGGAGUUCUCUGUGAUGAAGAGGUCAGUAAAAUACAGGCAGAGAAGGACGACUACGACAAAACCAGAAGAAUACUGGACUCAGUCACAAACAAAGGGCAAAAAGCCUGCUAUGAGUUCCUCAAAAUUAUUGACAUGACAAGGAAGAGGACUUUACAGAGACCUCCUCUUCAUUCUGGCACCAAGACAUUUGACCUGCAUCAUUGGAUCAGCUGCUUUCCCUUCAAGGACGACACAGAAAUGAAUGCAAACUACUUACAAGGACCAAGACCGUGCCACAGAUAUCAGGAAAAGUUGAAGUCAAAUGCAAAAGAGAUGUCAAAUAAGUUUUGGGGAAAGAGUAAAAAGCUGUUGGGAGGGAACAAGAAGCCUGAUCUGUCGUACGCAACACUUGUAUUAGACACAGACGAAAGUGUUUCUCCGUCUAAAAUAAAGAAAGUGAAGAAAAAGAAAAGCAAGCUGAGUCGCCCUAAAAAGAUGAGAAAAUACAUCCCUGAGGAGAAACCAGACAUUCCCCCCAGUGAGCUGCUGGAAACAGAUAAAAACAUUCUCUUGGUUGGAAAACCUGGAAUUGGAAAGACAGCACUGACUCAUGAAAUGCUGAGAAUCUGGGCAGAAAGAGAAAGCAAAGAGCUUGAUUACAUGUUUUACUUUGACAUGAGGGAAAUAUCUGACAUCAUAAGGGACAAAAACUUAGAGGAACUUCUUUUUGGUGUGUUCUGUGAACCUGAUGAAGGCAAAGAUGAGGUCUUACAGGAUAUAAAGUACUCUGACAAUAUCACAAUAAUCUUUGAUGGGAUCACAGAUCUCUCCUCACAGGUGGUCAAGAAAGUUUUAACAAAGAAACUACUUCGUCUUGCAAAGAUCAUCAUAACAUGCAGACCAGAUGAUGAGGAUGAAGACUUGUUUUCUGGGGACUUUCACAGAGUGGAGGUGAAAGGCUUUAGUGAGCAGACUAUUAAAACAUACUUGUCUGCAACACUCGGUGAAGAUCAGGAGAAAGUUUUGAGUAACUUGGAGUUGGUAACUCUUUGUCAUGUCCCCAUGUAUGCACUGAUGAUGGCUGCUUGCUUUAACUCAGAAGACUCUCCACAGCCAUGUACAGUAACUGAGAUCUACAUCAAUAUUAUUCGAUUCUGCCUUCAGAUAAACAGCAAAACAAAGAAAAAAGAUCUAAAUUUCUUCAUCAGCACCAAGACAGAAGAAAUUCUGUCUCUGGCUGAAGCUGCUUUUCUUGCAACUCAACAAAAAUCUGUGAAUCUGACAGACCUGACCUGUGAAGACAUCUGUGUCCUGUCCUUCCUGAAACCACUUCUCAUUAAGGAGGCCGUGACUGAAACAAUAACCACACAUGCAUUCCUCCAUUACACAGUGCAGGAGUUUUUUGCAGCACUGUGGCUCCUGAAGAAUCCUGAUAAAAUCAGAGAUGUUUUUCAGCAGUGCCUCACAGAGGAGAAGAAACACAUGAAACAUCUGAUCCCCUUCAUGUGUCGACUGUUGAAUGAGAAGAGCCCAAGUUUGAUGAAGCAUCUGAUUCCAGAUCAGGACCUGAAGAAUACAUCUAACUGGUUCUUCAAGGAGCUGAUUAACACAUUUCUUCCUCAUCUGUGUGAGCAAGAAGAGGCUGAUACUGAGGACAGUGGGCUCCAUGUCCACAUACUGUUCUUAUGCCAGUGCUUGUAUGAGUCCCAGAGUCCUGAAGCAUGCAUCUACCUUCUAGACAAACUGGACUACCAUCUUGACCUCAGUGGAGACAGUCUGGAUCCUUACCCUUGCUGUGCUGUGGCCUUUGUGGUCACUCAGUCAAAGGAAAGGAAAAUAUGUCUGAACCUCGAGGAUGUUGUGAUAUCAGAACAAGGAAUGAGACAGCUGUUUGAAUGCUUUAAAAAUGUUCAGUGGUCUGGCCCUCUGCCUCGACAGCUUUGGGAGAUUUUUCUUAUCAAUGAAGAGCAGAUGAACUUUGUAAGCUUACUCAGCCUAGAUGGAAACCUUCACCUUCUAGUUGAUGGUGAAAAGAAGCUUUUUGAAAGAGCUGUGCAAGUCAUGCAGAGGAUGCCUACAAAGGUUAAUGUGUGCCUCCACUGGGACAAAGAAACUCCUGCCUGUCACAGUCAGUGUGAGUCUCUGUUAAAGGCUUUGCCGUUCAUCAGCUCACUCAGGUAAUUGCUGUUGUUUUAUCCAUCUGAGGAUGCACCUGCCCAACUCCCACGUGGUACCCCAAAUACUGUACCUCCCUCCGUCCAACAGUGCACUUCUUCUGGUUCCCCGUGAGCCCCGCCUGCCUCUGGGACUCCAGCACCAUGGCCACCCGCUGCACGUGCUCUGCCCAGUUGUUGCUAUGGAUGAUGACAUCAUCCAUGUAAGCGGCAGCAUAUGCAGCUUUUAAACACAGUACCCGGUCCAUAAGGUGCUGGAAAGUGGUCAGGGCUUCAAAUAAGCAGAAUGGAAGUGUGAUUAAUGGGUGCAAACUGUAAAGAGUGGAUAAGGCUGUUUUUUUGUUCCCUUAGACUCUGCAGAUAAGGUAAUGUGCAAGUAGCCCUUGGUUAAAUCCAGUUAAGUAAAAAAGCGAAAAAAGCUCAUCGAUCCGGGGCAUGGGACAAGCAUCAGUCUCUGACACCUGAUUCACCUUGAAAUAGUCCACACAGAACUGUAUAGACCUACCUUUCUUCUGUUGAUGCCAUCUUUAUCAUUUCUGCCAAUUCCUUUUGAACAGUCUGUCUUUUGUGCUCAGAUAACCUGUAGGACUGUGAAUGCACCGUCACGCCAAGCUGCAUUUCAAAGUGAUGCUCCAUGAGAUUCAUAUGGCCAGGCAGAGGAGAGACAUCCACAAACCGCUAUUUUUGAAAUGGGUGUUAACCGCUGCUCUCUGGGCCUGUGUGAGAUGGUUAUCACAAUGGUGGAAUUUGGCACCUCCAGCCCCAAUUCAUCUCUUUCCUUAACCAGGCUCACAAGAGCAGCGGUUUCAGCCCCUAUCUAUGCUUUAAGGAGAUUGAGGUGAUAGAUCUGUGUGGUUCCGCCCCUGUCUGACCAUGCCACCUUGUAGUCCACGUCCCACACUUGCCAUGUGACCACGAAGGGCCCUUGCCACUUGGCAAGUAGCUUUGAGCUAUAAGACGGGAGUAAUACAGCACUUUAUCUCCCAGUAGAAAUUGCCUGGGUCUGUUGUACAGGUGCUGGUGUUGUUCCUUGGCCUGAACUAAAUCCUCCCGUGAUAACCUAUCCAACGCUUGAAGCUUUGCUCUCAGGUCCAGGACGUAUUGAAUCUCAUUUUUAGCAGGGCUUGGACUCCCCAGUUUUCUUUAAUAAGGUUGAGCGCCAACCACAGUUUCCUGCCGAACAAUAACUGAAAGGGAGAAAAUCCCAGCACCGCUUCAGGGCUGACCAUCGUGAAUACACCGACCAUCGUUUCUUAUCACUUGGUCGAAGGCUGAGCGUAGGUUGUCAUCUCGAGACUGUUCCAAUAGAAAAAUCUUCCGUGGAGCACGCUGCCGUAUGCUCCUCCCUGGAGCCGGUGUUGGAUGACCCCACAUCACCGCUCAGCAUAUUUACUAACUAUGCUAUGCGUCCUCUUAUGUCCGGAUGUAAUAGCAUUUUAAUACCUGAAACUACCAUAAUCUAACAAGAAUGUUUGAAUGACAGAUUAGGGUUUAAAGCAGGGGUGGGCAACUCCAGGGUCAACAAUUACAACCAUAAACACACAAAAAAAAAACCUUAGGGGUGGCUAUUUUCCGCUGUUUAUUUUCAAUACCAUGUUUUAAUAGGUAGCUAAUUUUAACUUUUAACUUUAACAUUUGUAUUUAUAUGUAACACAGUAUCAUUGCUGUCUCAGAAUUGGGUUUGUACAAGCAUGGGCAUUCUACAUUUAUAAUAAGUUUUUUCCCCUUUUGUAUUCCAGCAUGACACUGACCCUGAUCUACUCCUGCUAUACAUUGGGUGCUUAAAGUUUGAUCAAAUCAAGUUUAACAGAAA